AUGCAUACAACAGCUUUAUUAUUCCUACUUGGCUGCAUCACAAUAUGUCAGUUACAGCAAGUAUACUAUUGUGAUUUUGAAGAAAAUUGUGAUGAUUUUCUAUUUGAUAAAUACUGGACGGUUAAUAAUAUUUCAACGCACGCUGAUCAUACGUAUGGGAACUUAUCCGGUCAUUAUGUAGUGACGACUGACCUUGGAACAUUGAAAUCGGCGGUUAGUUUUCGUACAAAAGAUUGGAUUGAGCCUCCAAAUAAUAUGGCGGCAUGUUUAACGCAGUGGAUCUAUUCGAACGAAACGAAUAUUGCUUUCGGCGCAGAGCUUGCUCAAGGUGAUGAUUUGCAAUCCCGAUUAUCAGCAGGUUUAAUUGGAAUCGGUGGUAAUAAUUCGCAAUGGAACGCUUACACUAUACAAUUACCUUAUGCCGAACGUUUCAUCGUUUUCGGUUCAUAUUUCAACGUUUCGCAAUCAAUCGAUUUGGAUGAUAUGUCUAUUUCUUUGUGCAACAAUACAAUAUCUCCACCAGAAACCCGAGUGUUCGACUGUGAUUUUGAUCGCAAUUUAUGCCCUGAAUUAGUUUCUCUUUCAAAUUACUCGUACAGUUGGUCCGUUAUCCAAGCCAAACAAGCCUUAACUGAUACAAAACAAGCACCACCAGUAGAUCAUUCCAUUGGAGACGAAACAGGUCAUUAUAUCUGGCUGAAUAAUUUGAAUUCAUUGAAAUCCGGUGGUGCCGGUUAUUUGAAAACACGUGUAUUUGAUUUUGAAACACUCCAAAAAGCAUUUUGCUUAAGUUUUCAAUACUACAGAUUCGGCCCGGCAUUUCACACUAGUAAACUGACAGUAUUUGCAUGGGACGAAUAUAAUAGUAAAUCUCUUGCGCAAAUUUGGCCAAUCCGACCAGUUAAUUACGCGUAUUUUAAUCAACGAUGGUCAUGGGCCUACGCACCAUUGCCGAGAGGAAAUUAUUCUCUUCUGUUUCGUAUGGAUUCAGAACAAGAAGUGAAUAAUUCAUUUGCGCUCGAUUCGAUCAAAAUCUCAACAUGCCAGUAUCCACGGUCAUCUUUUCGUAGAGAUUCAUAUCUAAGUUUUGCAUGUGAUUUCGAUUCUGAUCCUAACAGAAUGUGCGACAUCCGAAAUGAUGACAAAGGUCUUCCACCAAAUUCUACCGUUAUCAGUGAUGUUAAAAAAGCAGAUGAAAUUGUAAAUGGUGGACUUGGUCCGAAGUAUCCUUCUGGCUACAGUGGCAAACGGUUUCUUUACUGGGCGCGUUCGGAUGAUACUCCGGCAAAUUUCAGCAAUGGACAAAUUAAAACCCCAGCAGUGGAAACAAAUGCUGAUAUGUGCAUUCGGUUCACUUAUUUCGUCAAUUCAACAAAUGUAGAACCGAACGAGCGUAAUACGAAGUUAGAAAUCUUAACUCUCGAUUGUAAUUCUGACAAUCUUUGGUCAACGGAACUGGAUGACAGCGCGGGAUGGCGACUUGUUACUCAGUCUUUUCCUCCCACUUCAUGCAGAGGAUCGAUUUACUUUCGAAUUAGCCAGCGAAGACCAACUCCAGUGGCUGUGGCGUUCGAUGAUAUUACCAUCGCUCAAUGCAGUUCAUUACAUCAAUUGACAACCACCGUUCCACCAGCCACUACUACAACAACUUGGAACAGAAGCUCAUUCAAUUGCGUCAGCUUCGUUAUUAUCGUUGCUCUUCUUGCUUUUGCUCUACAAUUACGAUCCUAA